GGAGGGGGGAGGAGUAGGAGGAAGAGGGGGGUGAACAUUCGCUUCGGCUGCAAGCUUUUCAAGCCAGCGGACCUGCUGCUCCACACCGCCUUUUGUCUACUCCUGGGACCGAGGCCUGGAGAAGAGAGGAGGAAGGGACUCUCUUUCUCUCCCUCUCUCUCUCCCUCUUUUUCUCCCGCUUCUCAAGGAGAUCUGUACAGCCUCUGUUCCCCCAGCCUACAGCACAGCAUGAAGGGCACAGGGAGGCAGCAUGUCGGCAGACAGCUCGUUUGGAGGGAGCAGCGAUGCCCAGCAGAGCCUGCAGUCCUUCUGGCCACGCGUGAUGGAGGAGAUCCGCAACCUCACCAUGAAGGAUUUUCGUGUGCAGGAGCUGCCGCUCGCCCGCAUCAAGAAGAUCAUGAAGCUGGACGAGGAUGUGAAGAUGAUCAGCGCUGAGGCGCCGGUCCUGUUCGCCAAGGCGGCCCAGAUCUUCAUCACAGAGCUCACCCUGCGGGCCUGGAUCCACACCGAGGACAACAAGCGGCGCACGCUGCAGAGGAACGACAUCGCCAUGGCGAUCACAAAGUUUGAUCAGUUCGACUUCCUGAUUGACAUCGUCCCCCGGGACGAGCUGAAGCCCCCCAAGAGGCAGGAGGAGGUGCGUCAGUCCGUAGCCCCAGCAGAGCCGGUGCAGUACUACUUCACUCUGGCGCAGCAGCCGGGGGCCGUGCAGGUCCAGAGCCAGCAGCAGGGCCAGCAGGCCUCCGCCCCCACCGCCACCCUGCAGCCCGGCCAGAUCAUCAUCACCCAGCCACAGCAGGGACAGGUACUGCAGGGAGCCACUAUGCAGCAGCUACAGCAGGUGCAGGUGGCUCAGUCACAGGCCACGCCCAUCACGAGCGCUCCCGUGACCAUGCAGGUGGGAGAAGGGCAGCAGGUGCAGAUCGUGCAGGCGGCUGCGCAGGGCCAGGCUCAGACUGCGCAGCCGGCAGGGCAGACCAUGCAGGUCAUGCAGCAGAUCAUCACAAACACAGGAGAGAUCCAGCAGAUUCCUGUGCAGCUUAACACAGGCCAGCUACAGUACAUCCGUCUGGCCCAGCCCGUCUCUGGCACACAGGUCGUUCAAGGACAGAUCCAGACCCUCGCCACCAACGCGCAGCAGAUUACGCAGACCGAGGUACAACAAGGACAACAGCAGUUCAAUCAGUUCACUGACGGGCAGCAGUUGUAUCAGAUCCAGCAGGUGACGAUGCCAGCGGGUCAGGAGCUGGCCCAGCCCAUGUUUAUCCAGUCCACCAGCCAGACGGCCGACGGCCAGGUGACCACACAGGUCAGCGCGGACUGAGGCUCCCGACUCCCCAAGACUGGCACCCACAACGCAAUAACUCACUGGUCCAGGGUCCUAGGGACGCCCCAGUCCCACGCCCCCCCUCCGAGCCCCGAGAUCCCCUCCCUCGCCCGAGUCACGCCAGCGCAGCUGCCCUCCUGCCCGACAUCCGCCCCGUCACCCCAGCCAUGCCCACAGUGCACCCUUUUGGUCCAUCGAAUGCCCGAUACAAACCAGCUCAUCGGAGUGAGGCCAGCCUCACGCUGCUUAUCGUUAUCUUUUCUUUCCGCGUCGUCAUUUUCUCCGUCCCCCAACGUCUGCGUGUGUGUGUGUGUGUGUGUGUGUGUGCAUACGUGCGCGUGCGUGUGUUUGAGUGCAUAUGCGCAUCUCCCCAUAUGGUAUACCGUGCUUCUGUCUUGUGCAGUCCUUCAUCAAUCCCUCUGGACCAGAAAUCAGGAACUCCCCCCCUCAGAACCCCCCGGCCCAUGCCCCGCCCACACUUUUACAGCAGGGAGUGGCAGCUCAGUUCUGCAGGGUCCCGCCUUCCCUCUUUUUUGUUAACCCCUUCACUGCGGAAGAGCUCCUCACCCCCUGGUCUGCCCUGGUGUGAGUCGCCUGUAAAAUACACUAGGCCUCUUGUGGAACAGAACAAAUCCUCUUUUUUAAUCAUUACAUCUUUUGUAAGAAUUCAUAAAUGUAAUGUAGAAUUUUUCUCUCUCUUUUUUUUGGUAUUGGAAUAUAAUUUUCCCCUUGCCCCUCAGUUGGUCUGUCCCUUUUAUUUUGUCGUAUUAUUACAAUUCUUAUAAUUGUUGUUUUGCAUGUAGUUAAAACUGCCAGCAUGAUAUGCAAUAGAUAGGUACAAAUAUGACUUUUUGUUGUUCUUUUUUGUAAACAAACGAUGGUUUGUGAAAAAUUCAAAUAAAGAGAUUAAAUUGG